AUUGAUAGUAAGAGUUCACAGCAUUCCUUCUCCUACCCAAAUGAAAUCAAAUACAUUUGCAUUACACAUUGAUGAUGCAGUGCCAUUCAAGCUCAUCAAUAAGAUGAAUGCUUAUGCAAUUAAUGCAUACAAGGCAAAUAUGUUUUACAAUCUAAAAGAUUUAUAUUGAUCUUGUACACUGAUAAAAAUUAGCAAUACCUACAGAAAUGUUUUAAAUUAUUCUGAUCUAAAGUUAGAAAAUGAAACAAAUGUAACUGGUGGCUUCUGUCAUUUAAUAGAAAUUCUAAAGUAAACUGUCUUCAUUAGUGUCUAUUCAUGGAUAGUUUUGUUUAAUAUGCAGGUCCGUAAAUUAAAUGCAUAGUCUAGAGGAGGCUAAUUUUCAUUAUUCUGCAUUUAGUGUUUAAUGGGAUCUCUGUGUUUGGAAUUUUUUGAAAUUUUUUUAAUAGCACGUCAGAUAUUUUUAUGUCAUUCAGAUUGACUUGCUGAAGAUGGGAGUUGAGAAUAUGAUAUAUAUAUUCUCUUUUUUUUUAAAUCCAUCUUUAUAUAUCCAUAACAUCCCAUAACAUGUAGAUGUAUGUACACUGAAUUGAGAAAAUUUUGUAUUGUACAAAUUACUGUAAUUUUUCCAGUACACUUUUUCAUAGCAGUGACUGUUAAAAAUUAUAUAGUUAAUGUUCAAUAUAUUGCAUCACAGGUAAUGCAGACAAAGAAGACCUGUUAAUGAUUCCUAUGACAACUCCUUCAAGUGCUUGCUGAAGUCAUUACAAAUGGAAAUGUGGAAUUCUGGGAUAUCCAACUGGGGAGCAGGUUCCACAGAGGGAAACACGUUGGGGGCUGGGAAGAAAAGGAACUAUUCAGAGACGGGAUUCUCCACAGACAACAAUGGAAGCGGCUUUGGGCCCCCAGCUAAUUCUUACAUGAAGACUGAGUAUGGAUAUGGCAGUCAAGAUGACUAUGGAUAUGGAGGACCAUGGCCUAAUUAUGAUGCUCAUUAUGGUCAGUCACGGGGAGCAGCACAUCAUCAAGCGCCACCUGCUGACGACAACAUGAUGAGUUCCAUGGGACUACCUUCUUCUUUCACAGCCUCCAUUGACCAGUUUUCAGAAAACUUCGCAGAAGACAUACCGUUAGAAGGAAAAGGAAGAAAGCAGCAUGGGGGUGUGUAUCAGACUCCUAUUACACAGAAUGACCAGUAUGGAAGAGGAGGAAGAGGGGGAGGUCGUGGUGGAAGAGGAGGUCGCGGUCAGAACAAACGAGGUCAAGGUAGAGGAGGAGUAGGUGGUCAGCACAGGGGAGGAGGAGUGGGUCAAAGGGGACAGGGUGGAUUUCAAAACAGAGGAGGAGGAACACGGGGUGGCAAUCGAGGAAGGGGAAGUAACUUUGAGCAGCCUCAUUGGGGAGGUGGCUUCCAGGAUGGUGGUGGAGCUCGGGGACGGGGUGGAAACUUCAGAGGUAAUGUUUAUAAAAAGCCAGGACUACCUCCAAAUAAAGUUUUUAGUGGUAACAAGAAGGUCAGAGGGCGGGGCAGAGGAAAUGGACCAGGGGGGCAGUUAGGUGGAACUAUGGCUCCAGUUCACAGCCUGUCAAAGGUAGCAACACAACAAUUUGAUACGGCCAACAUGUCCACUGCAGAAAAAAUUCAUAGGUUUGCUCUAUAUGUCCAAGGAGAACCAAUGAAAGUGAAUGCUAUACAAACAAUAGAAAAUGCUAUAACAGGAAGCAAACUCAAUUUGAAAACACAGUAUGAGGUGGAGGAACUGAUGAGAAUCUCUGGCAAGUGGAUGUUCACUGGCAGGCUGAUCCUGGGUGGGAUAUUUCUGGCUCGCAGUGUAGGAGCAAACAAGAAAGAAGUCAAGCAUGAAACUUACCAAAAAGCAUUAGAUGUACUCAAGACCAAAACUGUUGCAGAAAUAUUCAGUCUUACUGAUCCUGGAGCUGAGGCCAUCAGGAAAGAAUUAGCCUCUACACUAGACACAGAAAAGGAUGUUUCUAAACAGGCAGACACUAUUCUUCAGAAACAGACAGAACAGGCCAUGACAAUUAGAACUAAUCAAGAUGGCUUCAUUUGUCUGAUCGAGUACCUAAAGACAACAACUACCUUGCCUGAGAACAAAAUUUCAUGUAUGGAGCAGGCCAUGAGUGCCUCUCACUGUGCUCUCAGCCACAAAUAUGACUUCAAGGCAUCUAGGUUGCCCACUGGAAGAUUUUUCUUCCAUGGGAUCUUGACAGUGGGAGACAUUGUGAUUGCUGUAGGCAAAGGCCACCGGAAAAAGGAUGCUAAAGUACACACAUAUGAGGAGGCCUUCAAAAACCUGACGAACAAGCCACUGCAGGAAGUGAUGAUGGGAAUCGAUGUAGAAGAGGAGUCCAAGAACGAAGAGGAGGCCAGUGGCUCAGGAAUGCCUAUGGUCAUCGAUGGCAAGAAAAUGUCUGUCACAGAGAAAAUGGACAAAAUGAUCCAACGUCUGAAGGAUGCAGUGUACAAGGAAAACAAUAUUAACACUGUGGACGCCUGUGCGACAAACCUUGGUCUGACCAAGACCUGUAUUUACAGAAGACUUCAGGCAGGCGAUGAGGGGGAUGCCUCCAAAGUAGCCUGUGAUCUGUAUCUGGAGAAGUUCCUGAUUGCCUCGGGAGAGGGGGAGAAGAGGAAGGAAGCUCAGAUAGAUGCCUAUAACAAUGCCUGGGAAGUGCUCAUCACUACCACAGGAGAACAUGUUGUCAAGGAUCAUAAACGACUGACCAGUGACAAUGAUGACCCAUCAAUCAUUGAUGUCCAUGUUAAAGGAGCUCAGAAACCUCAGGGAGACUCCAACUUGGCAGGUCUUAAAAGACACAACCAGGACUAUGAAGAUCCCGCAAAGACAGUGGAAACACUGGUUAUCCUAGAGCAUGAAGAAUGGACGCUGGACAGGAAGCGACAGGCAUUCUGUAUUCUGACUUAUUCAGCCACCUCCAAUGGCAUGCUGCUUCAGUGGAACACCAGUCAGGAAGGAAACAUGUUCAAGUGUGAAAUUUCACUACAAAAGAAACUGAUUGGGGAAGCCAAGGCCAUGAGCAAGAACAAUGCCAGGAAUCUAGCUGCUGCUGAUGCCUUGUUCAAGCUGUAUGAGACUCAGGAUGUUAUUAAGGUGACCAGACGAGAUGACAGUAAACUGUGGAUUGCCUACAGCAAUAUUCUUGGAAAAUCCAACACUUUGAAAGAGAAACAAGGUGAUGACACUGACCCUGAACUCAAACCCUCCAUUGAUCCAGAAGGAAAUGACAUUCCCAUUCCAGAGGAUGCCAAUAAGUGGGUCCUCAAAGUGUGUGAGGAAAUCAUCAAUGAAUAUAAAGAACAGUUCACUCUUGAGGAACUAAUAUUUGGUCCAGGAAUGCCACUGUGUGAAAGCAAGGAGGUAAGAAACAUGGCCAAGAGUAGAAAUCUUCGACACGACAUUCGUCAGCUCGAGGGACAGUCAUACCUUGUAAUCCAGCACAGAAUGCGACCUCAAGAUAUGGCCAAAUGUGUUCACACAGCAAGUGGAAGAAGUGGCAAAUAUAUACUGGUUGAUAAAAGUUCCCUCCCUUCCCAUCAGGACAUCAUUCCUGACCUGGAGAAGCAGAUUGCCCUCAGUGGCAGUCUAGCAGGACAGACCAAGAGUGAGGCCAAGCCUCUAAAUCCUAUACAGGGAUUCAAACCUAAGAUACUCAGUGAAGAGGGGAAUGAGGAGACAUAUGAUCAGACCCAGAACAAGCUCUACUGAGUGUGUAUAACACAAACCCAGUAGAUAGCAUGACAUUUUAAACAUAUGGCAAAGAUGUAUGAAUGAUUUUAUUAGACAGUGUGUCAUUGGUAGAUAAUGUCUGUUUUAAUGAAUUAUGUACAUGUAACUAUUUUUUUUAACUGAGUAGACUCCAUCCAUCUGCAUUUUGUCUGUCCUUCCUGGUGGACUUGUAGUUAUUGUCAUUGUGGAAAAUAAAGAAUUACACAAGUAAUAAAA